CCUCUUUCUUAUUCCAAAGUGAUUUGAUUUGACCCCGAUUGAUUGUGCAGCCACAACCAGCCACCGCACCGCCACACGUCUUUGAUAUCACUGACGGUCCGUCUCUGGGAUCACUUCAGUAUAUCAAUCUGCCUCUCUUCACUAUCAUCGACCGUCUAUUAUGCCAUUACAGCAAACUGGCAUGGUCAAAUGGCCCCUUUCAUCUCUCUAGAUAACAUAUCUACCCGUGCCAUUCUAUUCAAUUGCACGGCCGCUGUCGCACUCGCCUGCGGAGCUUACGCUUUCUACCGCACAGAAUCCCCAGAUGCUCCGAAUAGACGCUCUCGAAAUGCUAAUGCUCGGGCUUCUCGCAGGAACUCACAGCUAACCAAUGGGUCUUUGCGGAGCGCACAGUCGUCAACGCGUGCAACAAAUACAGGGUCGCCGGAGCGGGGAAGCGAUAUCGAUCUCAGCACUCUGCGCGCGCGUGCAUCCGGCGACAACGGAGGCGACCCAAGUAUCUCUAUACACUCUGACCACCAAUCUGAUGAAGCCGACUUGAUUGACGUUGCUAUGAACGAGCUGGAGCUGCUGCUGAUGAUGCAUCGGGACACGGCGCCCGUCGAUGGACAUUUUGAAGGGAAUCAUAUGGUGAAACUGCUGCACCAGAUCGAGAUGGAGCAGAGACGCAAGAACGCGUACGUGCACCGCGGAGUCAGCUGUAAUUCCUGCCGCGCGACUCCAAUCAAAGGAAUGCGUUACAGAUGUACGCAAUGCGUUGACGUCGACUUGUGCGAAAAGUGCGAGGCUGCAGACACUCAUCCACGAACACAUAUCCUAUACAAAGUCAAGAUCCCAAUCCCCGUGCUCUACAAUCCCGAUUGGACCGGCAAGGCGUGCUACCCUGGAAAAGAGCAGCUGUUUUCACGCUUACCAAAGCAUUUGACGAGAGCUGAGAUCGACAAAUAUCACGGGUCGACGCACUUUACCAUAGAAGAGAUCGAGGCAGCAUAUGAUCAAUUUAAAACGCUUUGUGUACUAGAGUAUCGGGCGGCAGGAACGGAUCAUUUCCAGGGGGGUAUAGACCAAGAAACCUUCAAGAAAGUGACCUCUCGUCUUGGAGCGGUGCCAAAUCUUGUGACGGAUAGAAUCUUCUUCAUCUAUGACUCUGAUAAUAAUGGCGUGGUUGGAUUUGAGGAAUACAUCACGGUUUUGUCAGUCUUAACAAAAGGCACAAAGAUUGAACGUCUGAAAUGUGCCUUCCGCGCUUAUGAUACUGAUGAGGAUGGCUAUGUCACGCGACGCGAUAUCUUGAAUAUGUUUUCGGGCUACUUUGAUCUUUCCAUGAGUUUAGUCGGAUAUAUGCUGCAGUCGUCAGAAGAGGAUACUGUGGAUUGGGAUGCGAUCUACGAGCAGACUUCACUGUCUGCUGUCUUUGGUUCCGAGAUCCCGUCUCUGAUGGACCUACCCCCUCGUGGUAUACCAGACAAGGACCAUGAUGGUCCCUGGAAUAUCGAUAGAGACUUCAACAACCCACGUCGAAGACUAAGCGCGGACUUGUAUACCCCGGGACCUAGAGAACUCAGCCUGCUAGAUGAGACAGAAUACGACGCUGAGCUCAAGAAGACUACGAUGGAGGCUAUUGAGAUUCUUGUCUCUGAGAUAUUUGUUGCUGCUAAGCCAAAGAAACCAGAUGAUGGGUUAUCUUGGGAGGAGUUUAGCUCUCUUGCUAAAAACGCUAAUGUGUAUCUGGGCAUUCUCACAUGCAUGCUGGAUCCAGCCGUGUUUUAAGAAAUAGCUGUUGGUGUAUAAUUACAUAAAGUUUACAGUAAACAAGUGAAUAAUAAAUGGAA